UUCCCCGUCUUUCUCGCUGCCCUGCUCCCCGAGCCCAUCUGUACCUCCGCUCCUUCUGCUCCCAGCUGCUGCUCUGAUCGGCCCCGGCUCCACGAUGGAGAGAGGGUCAAUGCUGGCUGCGUGUCUGCUGUGCUGGAGCUGCGGCGUGUGCGUGGUGUCCGCCAUCCGGAGGGCCGAUAUGUUCCCGUACGGCGCCCUGAGCGGGGAUCUGAUCCUGGCGGAGGGGGACGAUGAGACCUCCAGAGUGCUGCUCCUGCCCAGACCCUUGAACUUCUACGACUCCCGGUACUCCCAGCUAUACGUGGCCACUAACGGCAUCAUCUCAGCCCAGGACCUGCCGAUGGAAAAGCAGUACGUCGACGACGGCUUCCCCACAGAUUUCCCCGUGGUGGCUCCGUUUCUGGCCGACAUCGACACCAGCGGAGGGCGAGGACAGAUCUACUACCGGGUGACGGAGACGCCCAGCGUUCUCAACCGAGUGUCCCGGGAAGUACACCGAGGGUUCCCGGAUGCAAAAUUCACGCCCACGCACGUCGUGGUCGCAACGUGGGAGAACGUCGCGGCAUAUGAGGAGCAGACUCGAACCGCCGGACCUUCGAACAAGGUCAAUACGUUCCAGGCAGUAAUUGGUUACGAUGAGACGGAUUCAUACGUUCUCUUCCUCUACCCUGAAGGUGGCCUUAACUUCUUUGGGACACGCCCUAAGGAGUCUUAUAAUGUUGAGAUAGAGCUCCCUGCUAGAGUUGGCUUUAGCAGAGGAGAAAUCACGUAUCUGAUCUUGUCCCGAACCGAGGGACCUCACUACAGCGUUACCAGCGAUGAGCAGAGUGUUAAAAACCUCUACCAGGUUGGUAAUACAGGAAUUCCAGGUGUUUGGCUUUUCCACACUGGGAACAGUUACUCCUUCGACAACAUUGUUCCUGCAUCCAUUGGUGGCCUCCUUGUUACCCCACCAACUCGAGGACAUGGCCUCUCCCUGGACACCACCACAGCCGAGUAUGGUGAGUUUGAGGACUACCCGGACAACACUUUCGACCCUGAUAACCAGGAGGAAGAAGACGAUUACCCUCUGACAGGCGGGGACCCCGAAUUCCAGACGGCCCCCGCUGGCGCUGACCACUCAGAAUCACUUCAACCAGCAAGUCCUGAUGCUCCCUCGUCCCCUUCGGAGGAUUCCGGAUAUCAGGUGGCGUAUGGCAGCAAAGAUGUGCCAUUGACCUCUGAACCCAGGUACAACUCCGAGCCAGCAGAGAGGCAGUAUGCUCCCCCUAAUCCUCCAGAGGGAGGUGCUCAGCAGACUCAGGAACAGCAACCACAGGUUCCUCUGGAGGUGGUGGAUGUCUACCCCCCUCACAGGAAUGAACCACGUCUUUCCCCUGGAGGUCACGUGGUCAGCGUGGACGAAGACAUUGAUUUUGACACAGGAGUGAUUCAGUACACCACGGAGAAUAAGGAAACAUGCGCCAGAUUCCAACAGCAGUGCUCCCAGAAUGCAUUUUGCUCCGACUACGCCACGGGGUUCUGCUGUCACUGCCGGCCUGGCUCCUACGGCAAUGGACGCUACUGUCUACCCGAAGGUGCUCCACAGCGAGUUAGCGGUAAGGUGAGCGGAACAGUGGCCGUGGGUUCGACUCCAGUGGCGCUGAACAACAUCGAUCUUCACGCCUACAUCGUGGUGGGCGAUGGCAGAGCGUACACUGCCAUCAGCGAGGUACCCGAGCCGGUGGGCUGGGCUCUGAUGCCGCUCGCACCGAUAGGAGAGCUGUUUGGAUGGAUGUUUGCUCUGGAGCUGCCCAACAGCCAAGCAGGAUUCAAAAUCACAGGUGCCGAGUUCACUCGUCAUGCAGAGGUGAUCUUCUACCCCGGCAACCAGCGCCUGUCAAUCAUCCAGAAGGGCCGCGGCCUUGACGACCACAACCACCUCACCGUGGAUACUGUAGUCAGUGGCAACGUGCCCUUCCUGCCCCCUGGAGCUGAAGUCACCAUGGAUCCCUUCAAGGAGACCUACCAGUACUACCCAUCCGUUGCCACCUCCACCUCUGUGAGGGAGUUCUCGGUGGUUUCGGCCGAGCGGGGCUCCGAGUCCUUCUCCUUCCAGCUGAAGCAGAACAUCACCUACCGCGACUGUCGGCACGACCACCGCGCCGCCGUCCCGGAGACGCUGCAGAUCACCAUGGAGAGGGUGUUCGUGAUGUACGUCAAGGAGGAGCGGAUCCUGAGAUACGCCAUCACCAACAAGAUCAGCCCAGUCGGAGUCGAGCCAACAGAGCCGGAGCUGGUUAACCCCUGCUACGCUGGGAACCACGACUGCGACACCACGGCCCAGUGUAUCCCACUGGAGGGCCGGGACUUCCAGUGCCAGUGUGCGACUGGCUACAGAGGGGACGGACGCAAUUGUUACGACGUGGACGAGUGUGCUGAGAGCUUGAGCUCAUGUGGCGCUCAUGCUCAGUGCGUGAACCUGCCCGGUAGCCACCGCUGCCUGUGCCAGAGCGGCUACGAGUUUGGCUUCGACGGGCGUACCUGUGUUGAUGUGGAUGAAUGCAGCUCCUCUCCGUGUCACAUCAGCGCCAGAUGUGUCAAUGCACUGGGCUCCUUCCAGUGUCAGUGCCAGCCGGGGUUUCAUGGUGAUGGUUUCUACUGUUCCCAGCAGGAAGGACAGACAGUUCGUCCAAGGAGCCAGUGUGAGCAGCACAGAGACAGCCUGCAGAGCGGGGGGGAACAAGGCGGUCGACCGAGUCUCGGAGCCUUCGUCCCUCAGUGCGACUCCGUCGGACACUACCGACCGCUGCAGUGUCACGGCUCCACUGGACAUUGUUGGUGUGUGGACGUCAGGGGGCAGGAGAGAGGAGGAACCAGGACGCCACCUGGUACACCACCCACAGACUGCGACAGACCAGACGAACCAGAGAGUCCUAAAACUCACUGUGAGCACCACAGAGACGGUGUUCAGACCACCAGUCCAGAGGGGUAUCCUGUUGUUGGAGCCUACAUACCUCAGUGUGAUGAUAAUGGACAGUACUUACCUUCACAGUGUCACGGCUCCUCUGGACAUUGUUGGUGUGUGGACGGUAACGGACAGGAGAGAGGAGGAACAAGAACGCCACCUGGUACAACGCGUACAGACUGCAGCAAACCAGAUGAACCAGAGCGUCCUAAAACUCACUGUGAGCACCACAGAGACGGUGUGCAGACCACUGACAGAGAGGGAUAUCCUAUAGUUGGAGCCUACGUACCUCAGUGUGACGCUAACGGACAGUACAGAUCGUUACAAUGUCACGGCUCCACUGGACAUUGUUGGUGUGUGGACGUUAGGGGGCAGGAGAGAGCAGGAACCAGGACUCCACCUGGUACACCACCUAAAGACUGCGACAGACCAGACGAACCAGAGCGUCCUAAAACCCACUGUGAGCACCAAAGAGACGGUGUUCACACCACCAGUCCAGAGGGACAUCCUGUUGUCGGAGCCUACAUACCUCAGUGUGACGCAGGAGGACAGUACACACCACUGCAGUGUCACGGCUCCACUGGACAUUGCUGGUGUGUGGACGGUAGGGGACAAGAGAGAACAGGGACCAGGACCCCAGCUGGUGCACCACCAACAGACUGUGACAAACCAGAUGAGCCCAGAACUUACUGUGAGCAGCACCGAGACAGUGUAGAGACCACCAGUCCAGAGGGGUACCCUUUAAUAGGAGUGUUUGUACCUCAGUGUGACUCAGAUGGACAGUACACAUCUCAACAGUGCCACGGAUCAACUGGACAUUGUUGGUGUGUGGACAAUAGGGGACAGGAGAGAGCAGGAACCAGGACCUCGUCUGGUACACCACCUGUGGACUGUGACAAACCAGAUGAACCGGAGCGUCCUAAAACUCACUGUGAGCGCCACAGAGACAGAGCUCAGACUAUCGGUCAAGACGGACAACCUAUCUAUGUGCCCCAAUGCGACGCUGACGGACAGUACCUAUCGCUGCAGUGCCACAGCCCUAGUGGACAUUGUUGGUGUGUGGACAAUAGGGGACAGGAGAGAACAGGAACCAGGACACCACCUGGUACACCACCCAGAGACUGUGACAAACCAGAUGAACCAGAGCGUCCUAAAACUCACUGUGAGCACAACAGAGACGGUGUUCGGACCACCACUCCAGAGGGACAGGGUUGGAUUGGGGUAUUCAUACCUCUGUGUGAUGCAGAGGGACAAUAUCUACCUCGACAGUGCUCCGGUUCCUCUGGGUAUUGCUGGUGCGUGGACAGUAGGGGACAGGAGAGAAAAGGAACCAAGACUCCACCUCAUAAACCAUCUGUGGACUGUGACAAACCAGUCCCCGUGGCGCCGACCCAGCACCCCGAGAGCGUGUGCGAGCGAUGGAGGACCAGUUUGAUCGAGCACUACGGCGGCAAACCGGAGCCGCAACAGUACGUGCCUCAGUGCGAGCCGGAUGGACAGUUCAGUCCUGUCCAGUGCUACGGAGAGACCACUUACUGCUGGUGCGUGGACCAGGAUGGACGAGAGGUCCCUGGCACCCGAUCACAUGACGUCGUCAAACCUGCGUGCCUUCCCUCAGCGGCCCCGCCCACCGUGCGCCCAUUGCCCCGCCCAGACGUGACCCCUCCGCCGAACGCUGACAUCACGCUGCUGUACGCUCAGGGACAGAAAAUAGGAGCGUUGCCCCUUAACGGGACCCGACUAGAUGGAACCCGGUCCAAAACGCUACUGACCCUACAUGGUUCCAUCGUUGUUGGUAUAGCCUACGACUGCAAAGAGAACCAGGUCUAUUGGACAGAUUUGUCCGCCAGAACCAUCAACAGGGCUUCAUUGGUGGCUGGUGCCGAGCCAGAGAUACUCAUUAACACAAAUCUGGUCAGUCCAGAGGGUCUGGCGGUGGAUGUCAAACGCAGGUUGAUGUUCUGGGUCGACUCGAACCCGGACAUGAUCGAAACCGCCAACCUGGACGGCAGCGGGAGGAGGACGCUGUUCGGCACGGACCUGGUCAACCCCCGAGCCAUCAUAGUGGUCUCUUCCACCGGAACUCUGUACUGGACCGAUUGGAACCGAGAGGCUCCGAAGAUCGAGAGCGCGUCAGUGGACGGACAGAACCGCAGGGUGGUGGUGUCUGACGGCAUCGGUUUGCCGAACGCCCUCACGUACGACUCGUCUUCUGGACAAGUCUGCUGGGCCGACGCAGGUACAAAGCGCUUAGAGUGCGUAUCCCCGGACGGUUCGGGCCGAAGAGUGGUCCACCCGAGCCUCAACUACCCGUUCAGCAUGGUCUACUACAAGAACCACUUCUAUUACACUGACUGGAGGAGGGACGGAGUGAUCGCGGUGAACAAAGACAGCAGCCAGAUCACCGACGAGUACCUGCCCGACCAGCGCUCUCACCUGUACGGCAUCGCAAUAGCCACCACCCACUGUCUAUCAGGGAGCCACUGACGACAGACCGGCAGCUGCAGGGUCCUUUUGGUGCUAAAGUUCUGAGGCGACCACCGUAAAAAAAAAAAAGGUGCCUUCUCCAGUGUCCCUCAGAGAAAUAAAAGGACACUCAGCAGGGCGCAAGAUGGCUUCCUGUUGCCAGAUCGACCAAAUUCACAACCCCUCCACUCACCCAGACCCCAAUUAUCUCACCUUAAAGAUAUAACCCCCAAAUAAAUGUUUUGUAAAUUUGUUUUAUACCUCAUUUUUUGUUGUUUUUUUCUACUGUAUUUUUGUACGCAAGUUUUGUUGUUUGUUUUUCUAUCGAUUUAAAGCUACAGAACAAUUUAAAAAAUGUAUGAGUGUAGGUUUUCUGCCAAAGAAGAAUGACACCGAGGAGCUGUUAAACUGUUGUUCAAAUUCCAUAAAAAUAUUCUGGGUGUGAAAUCAUUGCAGCUGUUGAGUGACUGAACCAGUUCAAUCUGACUCCGGGUCAGAUCGUGCCAUAUAUACACGAAUCUGUUUCUCACACAUGAUGAAAGGACACUUUUCUUUUGCCAAAUAUUUUUUACUACUACUUUUCAAAUCUUUGUCUUUUUAUAAGAUGUGAUAUUUAUAACAAUAAAGAUGUGACUUGGUACUUGUUUUUCCAUAGAUUGUUCUGACGCUUCACAGAGGAACAAGAAGCACAGGAGACGAACUCUGCUCAGCUGUAUUUAUAGAUUCACCCGCACAGCGUCAAAUGUAAACCAUUUCAAAA